AUACAUUCAUAUAUAUAUAUAUAUAUUUAUAUCAUCUCUCUUAAUACGAAAUUUUCAUAAUAGAAAAAAAAAAUGAUGAUGAUCAAAACUCCUAUUUUCAUCUUCUUCAUUAUUCUCACAAUUAUUCCUCAUAAUAAAGCAAGUAUUGUUCAUCAUCAAUAUUAUUCUUCAACCAAUUCAUUAUUAAUAAACCAAACAUGUAAGAAAUGCGCAGAGAAAUCAGAGGUAUUCAGCUACAAUUUCUGCAGAGCUUCACUCCAAAAUGUUCCAAUCACCGACGCCAUCACAAAUCUCCAAGGCCUAGCUCUGGUCGCCAUGGAGCUCGCUCUAGACAACGCCUCCUCUACAAUUCUCACCAUCAAGAACAUUCUUCAAGAUAAUAAUAAUAAUAUUAUUGUAGCUACUACUAAAAAUGAUUUGGAUCCAUUUUUGGAGAUUCGCCUAAAGGAUUGCUUGGAUUUGUAUUCUGAUGCGGUGACCACUCUUGUGGAGGCGAUUGAAGCUUUUAUGAAUCAGAAUUAUGAGACGGCUAGGGUUUGGUUGAGCGCGGUUAUGGAGGCCUCGAGUACUUGUGAAGAAGGGUUUAAAGAAAGAUCAUCAGGUGAUGACGUGGCAGAGUCUCCUUUGGUAAAGGAAAAUUAUGAUCUCUUUCAGUUAUCUGAUAUUGCUCUUUGUAUUGCUACUUUACUUACUUUCUCUUAAAGAUAUAUAUACUUAGUAAGAACAAUACUCUCUUCCUAAU